AAAGCGGGUACCGGGGCUGCACCGGAACCGGCUGUCCCGGCCCCGCCGUGGUGAGCAGCCCCCGGCCCCUGUCCGUCCCCCCGCGGCGGGGUGCCCGGUGCUGAGCGCGGCGGGACCGGCAGGAUGGCUGCGCGCAUCCUGCACCGGUUGCGGCACGCGCUGUCCGGGGAAGGCUCCCGGGAGCAGCGGGCACACGGCAGCUGCGAGGCCGAGGACUUCCCGGAGAGCUCGGAGCUGGAGGACGACACGGAGGGGCUGUCGACGCGCCUCAGCGGCACCCUGAGCUUCACCAGCCAGGAGGAGGAGGAAGAGGAGGAGGAAGAAGAGGAGGAGGAGGGUGCCGGAGAGGAGCUGGUGGAGCCGCCGCAGCCGACCGAGGCGGCAGCGGGUGCAGAGGACGGAGGCAGGUGCCGGGACGCCGGGGUGUGGGUCUUGCCCACGGGCUGACUCCCGUGUCCCGGUGCAGAGUGGGGCCCCGCAGCGCAGCGUCCCGGCGGCAGCCUUCUGACACGGCAGCUGCAGGAGCUCUGGAGGAGGUCCCGGGGCAGCCUGGCACCGCAGAGGCUUCUCUUUGAGGUCACCAGUGCCAGCGUGGUCAGCGAGCGCUCCUCCAAGUACGUGCUCUACACCAUCUACCUGAUCCGCUCCGGCCAGUUCGACAAGGCCCCCGCUGCCAUCGCCCGGCGCUACUCGGACUUCGAGCGGCUGAACCGCCGCCUGCGCUGCCGCUUCGGCUGCGACAUGGCCGACGUCGCCUUCCCCAGGAAGAGGCUGCGCCGCAACUUCACCGCCGAGACCAUCGCCAAGCGCAGCCGAGCCUUCGAGCAGUUCCUGUCCCACCUGCACUCCAUCGCCGAGAUCCGCCGCUCCCCCGAGUUCCUCGAGUUCUUCUUCCUGCAGGACCUGCGUGCCGCGCAGCGCCUGACCUGUACCGGCAUGUACCGCGAGGCCCUGGCCACCUGGGCCAACGCCUACCGGCUGCAGGACCGGCUGGGGGUCUGCGGCUCCGGCCGGUUCCUCCUGACGCUGGCCGGGCUGGCCGUGUGCCACCAGGAGCUGGACCAGCUUGGGGAGGCGCACAGCUGCUGCGAGCAGGCGCUGCAGCUGCUGGAGGCCCAGGGCAGCCACCCGCUGCUGGGGCCCUUUCUACAGGCCCACAUCCACCUUGCCUGGAAGGUGGGCAAGGACAAGCGGCGCUCGGAGGCACGGCUGCAGGACCUGCGGGAGGCUGGACCCCCGCUGCAGCAGCAGCCCACCCUGAAGGAGUGCCUGAUCAAGGAGCCACUGGACUGAGCAUCCCACCACCACACCAGUGCUCGUGGUGGUGUGAAGGCAGGGGCCACACCAGGGUCAUGCCCAGGGAGCUGCAAGGGUGAUGCCGUGGGAGGGGAUGGGGCACCAGAGCCCCUGCUCUGGGAGCUGAUGUGAAAAUGCACUUUCUCUGUGGUUAGUCCGUGCCACAGGGCCAGGCGCUCACGAGGGCUCACCUGGCACUGCCAGGAGCCAGCUGAGCCUCUGCAGGGUGCUUCUGGAGCAGACAGGACUUGAGCUGGGAUAUACUGGCAUUGUGUGAGGGAACGGGAAGGCUUCUGACAGGGGCUGGUGCUCUUGCCAGGAACUUCCCAUAAAACUUACAUAAUAAAAGGACUUUAUUCAAUAAAGUCUUGGUGGGAAGAAGGC